CUUUGUCCUACAAGCCGAAUGGACACAAGUGGCGUUCUCUGUUUUUGUCCUCCAGUCAAGUUCCGUGAGCCCAGCGCAUGUUGUUUUGAACAUUGCCUGGCUCAUUGGGGUUUGCGAGAGCCGCACUAGAGCAGCAUCUUGUUGCCAGGGGACUUUGUUGGGAUACGUGCGAUUCUGAUUAUUGCGUGUCUACCGCCACUGCCAAGAGCUGCUGCGAUGGCACGCACUCGGUCCAGGCAGUGUAACUUUGGCUUCAGCCAGGUGUGUCAGAUGCCGCUGUCGCCCAUAUAACGAAUGGGCAGCGAUAACAGAUGGCAUGGAAGGACAUGCGCUAAGUUUAGCCUGUUGCAUAGCAGGCGGCUUGUGAAUGACAGGAUUGCGGCAUUCUCAGCAUCCAAGCGUCUACGUGGGCGUGCAGUCGCACUGCCAUGAUGGAGUUCGACUCUUAAUGUUGGUGUGUGCUUGCGUCCUUUGCGCCCUUUGAGCUGUCGAUCACCACCAGCACCAUCGUCCCCCCUUGUAUAGAUAGUUCGGCUCAUGCUCGGGCACACAACCUGGUAAUCGAACCAUUGACAUACACCAUACGCCUUACUUCGAAGACCUCUUCUCGUCGGAAGGAUAAUGUCGUUGCAUGUGCAGCGUACCAUGGACAAGGGGCUCCACAUGGUGAGUUCGUUGAGCAGCAGGCACGCGGCAUUCAUUGUGUUCGUCUCACUCUACAUCUGGGUUCUCCCGCUGUCGACGACCCACUUGCUCUUGGCUGCCUUUGGCGCUGCCUGCUAUUGGGCUAUGCUGAUGAUUCAGGAGCUCGGUUCCUGCCAGGGCAAGCAGGCCGCGGAGGAGUGGCGCGCUGACACUGCCGCCGCCAACGUGGAGCGGCCUUCAGCUGAUGAAGCACAACCAGCGGCGCGGCUGGCCCCGCGCGCGCGGCGGUGCGUGGCCGAGCCGCAGCGGAAAGAUUCCGACUUUGCGCCGCCCCCGGCGACCGCCCAGGCACCUGGCCCCGAGACGACCCGGGCGACCGACAAGGACCACGCCAGCGCCAAGGUGCGUGCACCGAACAAGGCGGCUGCCGCACACGGCGACGCCGCCACACGCGACGGCCAGCGCCUUCCCGAGGCGGCCACCACGCACCGCGCCGCCGCCGCCGCCCCGAGGCCCGAGGGCAGGGUGCCGCUGUGCGCAGGGCUCGCUGCGGUACGCAGGGUGGUCGACAAGGAGGCCCAGGCGGCCACGGCGCCCGUCCGCAGGGCGGGUGCCGAGGCGGCUCCGGCCGCGGCUCCGGCGAGCCAGGAGAAGGUCGAGCAGCAGCCGUCCGUAGCUCCGUCGCCAGCGGUGGUGCCUCCGCUGGCUGCCGAUGGCUUCGAGGUGGCCGCCGUGACCAAGGCCGCCAAGCGCAGGAAGGCCGCACAGAAGAAGCUGAAUGAGGCCUCCGAGGCAUGCCGCGCGAAGCCAGUCGAGCCCGAGGUUGUGGCGACAGAGACCUCCGAGCCGCAGGCCAAGCCCGGAUUGCCGCCUGGGCUGGAGCCCGCCACGGAGGAGCUGCCGGCCAGCACCCGGGCCGAGUGGGCCACCACGCCGUCCGCAGGCAUGCAGGCGAGUGUGAUCCGCCCCGCGACCCUGCCGCCAACCUACACGCCGUCGGUGCAGCAGACUCCUCAGGAGAAGAAGGAAAGCGCGCCGACAGCGAUGAGCGCUCCGCCCACUCCCGUGGCGCCCCCGCAGGAGUCGGCCGCCAACGUCAAGCGCUCAGGCGUCUACAUCUACAACCCCAACGCGGACAAGCUCCCCAUCCGGCUGGACGCGCUCGUCACGAGCCCGAGCCCGGAGAACAUCCUCGCCCUGGCGCCGCCGCCCGCGGCGUCGUGGGACCGCUGCGUCGAGCUGUGCUCGCGGGAGGACGCCUGCUGGGCCUACCUGAAGACGGGCCGCUGCCCCCGCGGGGCGGCCUGCACCUGGAUGCACCCGCCGCUGCCGCGCCGCGGCUGAGGCCUCGCGCCGAGGAGCAGAGGCCGCAGCGCCCUCGGGCGUCGCUAGGUCGUGGGCUGCGGGCGCCGCCCUCGACCCCUCCGUGUUCAUUCGGCGGCGAGCCUCAGACGAGAAAACGGCACCCAUACCUCUGCCCUUGCCUCGUGUUCGCCUUUUUGGGCC